ACCGGCCUGCACGGCUUCAUCUUCUACUUCCUGGCUUCCGUCCUCCUCUCCGUGCUCUUGGUGUUAAAAGCCGGACGGCGAUGGAAUAAGUACUUUAAAUCCCGAAGGCCGCUUUUCACGGGGGGGCUUAUAGGAGGGCUCUUCACAUAUGUCCUGUUCUGGACUUUCCUGUACGGCAUGGUUCAUGUCUACUAA